AUGAAUUGGGGCGAGAACCAGCGAAUGGGCGACGGUCCCAUGGGCAUUUCCGUGCUGGCGGGACUGCGGGUAAGUGUGGAAACGGGGAAGGGCGAGGUGCUGGGGGAGGGCGUGCUGCCUUUGGACGGGGUUUUGAGCCGAAUGCAGGACGGGAAGAGCGACGCGAUAGUGCGGUUGGAGGGAAUGGACGGGAAAAGCACGUCGAUCUUUUUGACCUUCAAGGGGCUGACGAGCGAGGAGAUGCAGGUGGCGCGGGAUGAGUAUUUGAUGCAGAGCAUCGCGCGAUCGCGUCGCACCGCCGCGGCGCUGCAGGAAGCCGACGAAGAUUUCAUUCGAUUCGCUCCCGCCAAGCCGCAGAGACCCGGAAAGCCCGCCAAGCCGCAGCGACCUGAGCGACCUGAGCGACCUGAGAGACCUGAGAGACCUGAGAGACCUGAGAGACCAGGAAAACCGGGGAAACCGUUGCCUGGAGUUCCCGGACAGGAUACUUUGCCCGCGAAACCAUCGCGUCCGUUGCCUACGCCUCCAGGAAAGCCACUACCGCCGAGACCGGAGAGACCAGAAAGACCGGAGAGACCGGAGAAACCAGGGAAACCGGCACGUCCUCUGCCAACGCCGCCAGGAAAACCGCUACCUCCCAAACCAGGACAAUCGCAGAAUUCGCCGGUACCUGCUCCGAUGAUAAUGCCGGAAAUGGUGGACAUACCGAAGAGCGAAGGAGACUUUGCGUGGUAACGAAAGAGAGUCGGCUCGCUG